AUGGGAAUAUGGCAGAAUGCCUCAUCUAUAGAUGGGUUCAUCCUCUUAGGUAUCUUCUCCCAGAGCCAGACUGACCUGGUCCUCUUCUCUGCAGUUAUGGUGGUCUUCACAGUGGCACUCUGUGGGAAUGUGCUCCUCAUCCUCCUCAUCUACACUGACUCCCGACUUCACACUCCCAUGUACUUCUUCCUCAGUCAGCUCUCUCUCAUGGACCUCAUGUUGGUCUGUAACAUUGUGCCAAAAAUGGCAGCCAACUUCCUGUCUGGCAGGAAGUCCAUCUCCUUUGCAGGUUGUGGUGUACAAAUUGGAUUUUUUGUCUCUCUUGUGGGAUCUGAGGGACUCUUGUUGGGACUCAUGGCUUAUGAUCGCUAUGUGGCCAUUAGCCACCCACUUCACUAUCCCAUUCUUAUGAGUCAAAGGGUCUGUCUCCAGAUUGCUGGGAGCUCCUGGGCUUUUGGGAUCCUUGAUGGAAUAAUUCAGAUGGUGGCAGCCAUGAGCCUGCCCUACUGUGGUUCAAGGUAUGUAGAUCACUUUUUCUGUGAGGUGCCAGCUUUACUGAAGCUGGCCUGUGCAGACACAUCGCUUUUCAACACCUUGCUCUUUGCUUGCUGUGUCUUCAUGCUGCUCCUCCCCUUCUCCAUCAUUGUGGCUUCCUAUGCUCGCAUCUUGGGGGCCGUGCUCCGUAUGCACUCUGCUCAAUCCCGGAAAAAGGCCCUGGCCACCUGUUCCUCCCACCUGACCGCUGUGUCUCUCUUCUACGGGGCAGCCAUGUUCAUCUACCUGAGGCCAAGGCGAUAUCGGGCUCCCAGCCAUGACAAAAUCGUCUCUAUCUUCUAUACAGUUCUUACUCCUAUGCUCAACCCUCUCAUUUAUAGCUUGAGAAACAGGGAGGUGAUGGGGGCACUGCAGAAAGGGUUGGACCGCUGUAGGAUUGGCAGCCAGCACUGA